GAUGAGUCAUGGAGAAAGAUGAUGAGGACGUGGCAAAUGGAAGCCCAUCACUGCUCGCGCCUCUUCUCCAGCGUUCCUCGACUCCGACUUCAACCUUGUCCGUGGCGAUUCCUUCUGCCCCCACCCCCUUCACCUCCCCACCUCUCUAACCCUAGACCAUUCUCUCUCACUCGUAUCUACUUCUCCAUCAAGUACCCCCGUUGGGAUUCCAAUGCCGAAACCGUCCGAGACCGAAAAUUUAACUUCAAUUUCAGAGGCAAAGGCGCGGAGGACGACUACGACGACGAAGAGGAAUAUGGGAAGAAGAGACGGUGGUGGUGGUCCGAUGAGCCACCAGAAUUCGAGGAUGAUACAAGUUGGACCUGGGAAGAGGCCAUUGAUGGCAUAUGGAUUUUCAAGGUUUUCAAAUCCUAUGGUUGGACUUUUCCAAUCAUAAUCGUUUCUUGGUUGGUGGCUACUGGCCCAAAAGCUUUCCUCAUGGCAUUAGCACUCCCCCUUGGUCAGUCAGCACUUGCACUAGCAUUUGAGAAAUUGUGGGGAAGGGAUAAGAGCAAGCCAAAACGCAAGUCCCGGAUGAGGAGGAAGUCAUCAGCCAGCACGGUAAGUGGCUCCAAAGUUGAGGAAGAACCGGGAGAAACUCAGGGAAGAAGAAAGGGAAAGACAAGCUACCAAUCAUGGGUGGAUAAUGGUUCCUUUGGUAGGGAUAAGUCUAGUGCACCUAGUUUUGGUGGGUGGGAUGAUUUGGAUAGAGCUGGCCCGACAACAAGGUCAUCUCGAGUGGCAAAUGGAUCUGAAAGAUUUGCCGAGGAAAAAGGCAAGUUGAGUAGGACAGUGAGGAAAAGUGACAGGCCUCUUCUAGUGAGAUUGCUGAUUGCUCUUUUUCCUUUUCUGGGCUCAUGGACUAAAAUGCUGUAGUAGUCACCACUCACCGCCAUCUGUGUCGGCCUUGGGAUUAUUUUGAUGAAUCUUGCUUGGAUGAGGAAAAUUCAAGUAACUAUCUUCCACUUUAAGACGUUUCAAGUUCCGGUUGAAUCAGAAGGUUCCGUUGAGCGAGUACAUUGUGCGUCGUGUAUUGAAUAUGUCCUGUUGUAAGCUCUGUAGUACUUGUGCAUGGGGAAACCAGGCUCAUUUUGUUGAGGUAUAAAUUCUUGAUAAUAAUUGGUCAAAUUCUUAUGAGAAAAUCAUAUUCAAGGAUUACUCAAACAAAUUAAUUAUAGACAAGGAUUAACAAUGA